UGAUCCCCAGAUGCCUCGAAUUCUCUCCACUCUUGUUCUCAGCCAUGCCAGGAGAGAGGCCUUCUCGUUUCGCAGGGAUGCCUGCGUUGUGGAGAGUCCUGUUGCUGUGGGUUUGUGUUUGCAUCUGCAUUCCAGCUCAGGCCCAGGCAGCGCUGGUUGUUUCCAGGAGAGAUGAUCUGACACAGGAGACCAAAGAAGCAACAAGCACCAGGUCAAUAAAGAAAAGAAGUACAAACUCUGCAAAUGUGGAGCUGUACAGUGUUAGAGUCGCCUGCACGGUGGCGUCUCGGUUCGCCCACACCGUCAUGACCUCCAGGGCUCUAAACAAAGCAAACUCCUCCCAGGAAGUCUUCUUCAACGUGGAGCUGCCCAAGACUGCCUUCAUCACCAACUUCAGCAUGGAAAUUGAUGGUAAGGUGUAUGUUGGAGAGGUGAAGGAGAAAGAGAAAGCUAAGAAACAGUAUGAGAAGGCUGUUUCCUCUGGACAGACGGCGGGACUGGUCAAGGCUUCUGGAAGAAAGAUGGAGACGUUUUCAGUGUCCGUCAACGUUGCUGCCAGUAGCAGCGUGACUUUCAUUUUGACCUAUGAGGAGCUCCUUCAGCGGAAACUGGGCCAAUAUGAGAUUUUGACCCGAGUUAAAAUUGAACAGCCGGUGCAAGAUUUUGAGAUCCUGGCAGACAUCUAUGAGCCACAGGGCAUCACGUUUGCUGACGCUACUGCAACUUUCCUCACCAAUGAGCUGCUCCCGGUGCUAAAGAAAACCGUCACAGACACAAAGGCAUACAUCUCUUUCUCACCAACAGUGGAGCAGCAGAAGUGUGCAGGGUGUGAAGGCACAAUAAUUAAUGGGGAUUUCAUCAUCAAGUACGACGUGAAACGAGAGCAGAGCCUGGGGGAAGUUCAGGUUGUGAACGGAUACUUUGUGCACUUCUUCUCCCCUCCGGACUUGGCCAGAGUCCCAAAGAAUGUGGUGUUUGUAAUUGACAGGAGCGGAUCAAUGAGUGGAACAAAGAUUGAACAGACCCGGGAUGCCAUGGUUGCCAUUCUAAAAGAUCUGCAUGAAGAGGACCACUUUGCUAUCAUCCCGUUUGAUACUGAUUCUGUCACCUGGAAAGACUUUCUUAGAAAAGCAACAGAGCAAAAUGUUUCUGAAGCCAUCCGUUAUGUCAGCAGACUGCGAGAAAGGGGAGGCACCAACAUCAACGCUGCAGUACUGAGGGCAGUGACAAUGCUGAAGAGCGAAAGAGAAAAGAACAAAGUUCCAGAGAGGAGUGCAGACAUGAUUAUUUUACUGACUGAUGGGAUGCCAAACAUAGGGGAGUCCAAUACCUCGAAAAUCCAGAGUAAUGUGCACACAGCUAUUGGGGGAAAUAUGUCUCUGUUCUGUCUUGGAUUUGGAAAUGAUGUGGACUACACCUUUCUGGAUGUGAUGAGCAAACAAAACAAAGGACUGGCUCGUAGAAUCUUUGCGGCGUCUGAUGCAGUUGUUCAACUCAAGGGUUUCUAUGAGGAAGUGUCCAGUCCUCUGCUCUUGGAGGUGAAACUGCGUUAUCCUGACAAUACAGUGGAUUUUUUGACCAAAAACUACCACAGCCAGUUGUUCAAUGGCUCAGAGAUCGUGGUGGCCGGUCGACUGAGUGAUAACAACGUGGAUAACUUUUUGGUGGAGGUUUUUGCCCAGGGGCCUGAAGAGGACUUCCAGGUGCAGGGAAAGGCCAGUGUGGCAAACUGGCAAACAAUGUACCCAGAAAAGGAAUACAUCUUUGGGAACUUCACUGAGCGUCUGUGGGCGUACCUCACCAUCCAACAGCUUCUGGAGACCAGUGACAUCGGUACUCAACAGGAGAAAGACAAUAUUACAGCCAAGGCCCUGGACAUGUCACUGCGGUACAACUUUGUCACCCCUCUUACCUCCAUGGUGGUCACCAAGCCUGAAACUGAGGACGGAGCAGACAGCUCUUUUGUCGCGGAUAAACUGACUGAGGCGCAGCGGCAAGCAGCAGAGAGAAAAAAGGGUAAGAGCAUUCCUCAGUCCUCAGUCGCUGCUGCCAGUCACCCCGCUAGCAGGCCCCCGGUUAUGUCAGAUGUGGAUGGAGAUCCUCAUUUCAUGAUAGAGCUCCCAGACAGAGACGACGCUCUGUGCUUCAACAUCAACGACAAACCAGGAACCAUCUUCAAUCUGGUCAAAGACACAAAAUCAGGCUUCGUGGUGAAUGGCCAAAUUAUUGGUAAGAAGAAAUUUGCUCCAGAUGGCAAAAGCAACACCUACUUUGGACGGUUUGGUAUCGGCCAUCAGAAGCUGGGGGUCAGGCUGGAGGUGAGCACUCAGGACAUCUCAGUGUUCCACAAUGGCAAGCAUUUCAAGCUGCUGUGGUCUGAUGCAACCUCUCUCAAAGAAACCGAUAUGGACCUCAGGUUGGCUCAAAAUUGCACCCUAACCGUGACGCUGAGGCACUCAGUUAAAUUUAUGGUCAUCAGACACACAAAGGUUUGGAAGAGACGCCACGAGCAACAAGACUACCUGGGUUUCUACACCUUGGACAGCCACCACUUAUCUGCUUCAGUUCACGGUCUGCUAGGUCAGUUCUACAACGGGGUUUCAUUUGAGAUGGGAGACUUUCGUCAGGGUGAAGUCCAGGAGAAUUUAGACGCAACCAUGUACGUAAAAGGACAAAGACUCAACGUGACCAGACACUGGCAAAAGGACUUCAGCAAGGAUGUGAAGAACGGAGAAAACAUCCCCUGCUGGUUUGUUGGCAAUGAUGGAGCGGGCCUCAUCGACGGGACAGCAUCGGACUACAUUGUGUCAGACCUUUUUAAGACUGUUUGAGUGUUAAAAACUCCUAAACUCAGUGGCAGAGGGUGCAGGGUGCAUCGGCCUGGUGGCAGUGAUGUGUGGCGAGAGAUAAAGAGUGUGACUUCAUUCAGAAAUUGCACGCAUGCAGAAAAUGAAAGCAACCGGGAGGCUUUUGUAUUAUGGCAAAUACAUUAUAUCACUUUAUUAUUCCGAGCGACUGCCAUGUUUAAGUUGUUUUUGGAUAGAUGUGAAGUUUAUCUGAAAAUAGCAGACACGGUACAGAGCAGCAUCUUUAUCACUUCAGUUUAAAUGUCGUAGCUGGACCGUUCCUGCUAAACAUUAUUUACAAGUACUCAUUUAUAAAUAUCCAGGAUUUUUUAUUGCACAGAACAGGUCUUGAAAGGAUAGCAAGCAUGAUGGGCUGAUGCGCCGCACAAGCAAUGAGCCUGUGUUACCUUAUUUGAUGGCAAUAUGUGCACUCUGACUUUAUUUUUGACCAUUUGAUGGACAAAAAUGUCUGUUACGCUUGGGAAAAUGAAACCCCAAUUAACUUUAUAAUUUUGGCACUUAUGAUUUACCUUUGAGUCGAGCUAAAACCUCUCUGGGGGUGCCAAGAUGUCCUCUAUGUGGAAAAAUCUUGGUACGAUAAGUCUGGGAUGUGGGCAAAAAAAAAAAAAAAAUGACAAUGGGAAUGUGUGUGGUGUGAAAACUACAGAGUCUGGAAAGACUCAGUGAAGAGAUUGUUCAAGAUUUGCUUUGUGUCAAGCGGCUAUGCUUCACACACCAUAUUAACUUCUCCACGCAUUGUUGAAAUUAAAUAAAUAUUUUGUUGUAUAAAAAUACUUGCCUCCUGGCAGCACAGGAACUACGCUGGAUGUGUAUCAUUAAAGCGAGCACAUUGAGUACAAUCCAUUUAAACUUUGGAUGAAAACUCAGUUUGAAUAUCAUGACGCAGCAGCUCAUGUAAGAUUUAGGGUGGUGUUUGCUGUGACAAAUCACUGACCUGCCCCCAAAUUAUUUUUAGACAAUGGUUCAUUGUAGAAUAUCACAACAUAACAUAACAAACGAUCAGGUGUGAAAUGUAAAUAAUUACAUCCAAGUGUUUUUUAUUGUUGUAAAGUAAAGCUGGGCUUGUGUUUGAUAUACUUCAGAGCUGGUAAAGUAAAAUUCUAACUGCUUUGCACCUUCAACUACAUAACAAACAUUAUGACAUAAUGAAUUUGUUCAUUAACUGUUUCUCAAUAACUGCACUUUUUGCCAGAGCCAAAAAAAAAAAAAACAGUAAACACCUAAAAAAAAAUAAAAAAAAAUAAAAAAUGCAAA